UUCCAGGCCGGCAGAUGCUAGUUUUGACAGGGUGAAAAGGGAACAGUGUUCAGACGCUUUGCAGAUAUCCAUCUCUCCUUGCUUCACAACAUAAAAUCGGUGCAAUGGCUGUUCCUCCUUCAUACUCAGACCUGGGCAAGGCUGCCAAGGACAUCUUCAGCAAGGGCUAUGGCUUCGGCAUCGUGAAGCUGGACUUGAAGACCAAGUCUCAGAGCGGAGUGGAGUUCAACACAUCAGGUUCCAGUAACACAGACACGGGGAAGGCAGCUGGUAACCUGGAGACCAAGUACAAGAUGAAGGAGCUGGGUCUGAGCUUCAACCAGAAGUGGAACACAGACAACACCCUGGCUACAGAGGUCACUGUGGAGGACCAGCUGGCUCAGGGACUCAAGCUGGCUCUGGACACAUCCUUCGUACCAAACACUGGCAAGAAGAGUGGCAAGCUGAAAACUGGCUACAAGCGUGACUUCCUUAAUGUGGGCUGUGACGUCGACUUCGAGGGUCCCAUCAUCCACGCAGCCGCAGUGGUGGGCUAUGAGGGCUGGCUGGCCGGGUACCAGAUGGCCUUUGACACGGCCAAGUCCAAACUGGCCCAGAACAACUUUGCCCUGGGAUACAAGGCUGGAGACUUCCAGCUCCACACCAACGUUAACGAUGGGACCGAAUUUGGGGGUUCUAUCUACCAGAAGGUGGAUGACCAGCUGGAGACGGCGGUCACUCUGGCCUGGACGGCCGGCAGCAACAACACACGCUUCGGCAUCGCAGCCAAAUACGCUCUGGACAAAGAUGCUUCCCUGUCUGCCAAAGUGAAUAACGCCAGCCUGAUUGGAGUCGGUUACACCCAAAGCCUCAGGCCAGGUGUGAAGGUGACUCUGUCAGCCCUGAUCGAUGGGAAGAACUUCAACACCGGCGGUCACAAGGUUGGCCUGGGCUUCGAGCUGGAGGCAUAAAGCAGGAACAAGACCCACCAACCAAGAGAAGAGCUCAGAACCAAUCACACCUCCAUUCCCAACCACAUGCAAACCCUACCACAGCCCUUAUCCAAAACCAUUGUCAUGUAGCCUCUCCAUUCCUGCACCUCUGUCUCACACACACACACACAGAAACACACACAUUAAGUGUUUAGGCAGGAAUAGUCAAACCUGUGGCAGCCAUGUCCGUCAUGACUGAAGUAACUAAAUAACCUGAAUGAAUACUGAGAGGGGGCGAGAGAGACAUUCUGUAAUGUCAUGGCCAUUUAUAUAUUCUAGUCCUUUGGUUUAGAUAGUUAGCUACCACUACCGUUUAUCUUGUUUUAAAGAAAGUGUUUCAGUCUUAGAGGGGAAAGGCAGGCACAUAAGAUGGAUACCUCCCCUUUAACUGACGUUGUACAGAAACGCAGUGGCUAAGUUUUGUCAUCUGACUGGUAACUGAAGAGUCACUAUGUGUUAUAUCUCAGUAGGAGUUUGGGGGAGUAGUCCUUGGGAAACUUGUAGCUCAUGUAUGCUUAUGUACGUGUAUAUAUUCCCCUCUUUCAUUGUAAACAUGUCUGAAUGAGUAUCUGGAGUAGAACAGAAGGCUUGGUAAGAAUGGAAGCCUCGAACAGAAGGCUUGGUAAGAAUGGAUGCCUCGAAGAGAAGGCUUGGUAAGAAUGGAAGCCUCAAGCAUUUGAAGCCCAGUGUUCCCUUGGUAAAAAAGGAGUGCUUCGUCUGUCUGUUUCUUUUGUAUUGGUUUGAGUAUCAAAUGUUGUAUUUUGGUUGUGCUGUUGUCAGUGGUGGACCAUGGUGUCAGUUAAACUAGGUGUGAUCAUAGGAUGUUUUAGUGAUGUUGGACAUUAUGUACGACUUCAAUUGUAUGUUUUCAUAUCACGGAUGUAAACCGUUGUUGGUUUUGGUCAGGCUGGGUGGAAAGAGACCGGUUAAAGCCAGAAGAGACAGGGUUGGAGUAAGAACCAUCUCAUUUCAGCCAUUUUAUAUUUGAAUUCCUAAUUUGACUGAAGUGAGAUUUUAAGAGUCCAACCUUGAGAAGGAAUCAACCAUUUGACCACUGCUACCAUCUGCUGUUACUGUAACCACUGAACAAUAGGGGAGUCUGCAGGAGAGUUUCAGGAAGAUUUUAGCGAAGGACCUGUCAGGAGUAUCGUCCGCUGAAUGCAGUUCUACAUGUCCCAAAACACUCAAAUAUUUUCCUCUCCUUUGCUCUGUUGCCACGCUUCUGUAUAUGCCAGCUGGUAGGUGAAAAUAAUAUGGUGGAAUCUUCCAGUAGGUUAGAAUAGGUGGCAUUUCUACAGUGUUGCUUUCAUCUAUCUAGUUAAGAUCGGUGGUCACGUGAAGAGGGAUGUGGACAUGGUGCUAUUUGAGAGUAUUUUGAGUGACUCUGAAUUUCUGUUCAGGGAUUUCAUUUAGUCUGUUCUAAAAUGAGUAUCUUGGCGCCAUUCUAGAAUGUUGUUGUUGCUCAUGCUGCUUUGGACCGACACCCCUUCCUGGCUGUCAUUGGUCCCAUUGGGAGCCAAUCAACACUCCCUGUCAUUCCCACUCUGUACAUAGUAUACAUAUUCUCUUAGUUUCAACACUCCUACGGUCAGAAAACACUUGAAGCAUUCAUGUCAGAGGCUGUUGUGUGGAACUCAACUGUCCCCCUUUCCUUUACCAAGUCAUAAACCAGGUAUCCAUUUAUCUUUGUUUUCUUUCCAUUUGUUGACAUAAUUGUGAAUCUCUGCUUUUGUGUGUUUAGACACAGUACCACAUUUUUUCAAAUUUCAAGUAAUGGAAUUCUAAUAAAUAAACACAUUGACUUGA